ACCGCGGACCAUGUCGCCAUUAGUACCGGUUUGCAUGAAAGCGUUCACGGUUCCGCGUAGGCGGGGGUUUACUUAAGACGCUGGGAGGAAAAGGUCGGGACGCGCAUCUACCUGGAUUAUAAUUUACCUGUGUCAGGUGUGACGAUGAUGAUGAUAACAGACAGGAGACGCCGAGUGACAGGUACGCACAGGAAUGUUUCCCCGGCGCUCGGAGAUUCCCCCAUCACGAGAUACGGAACGAUGUGGCUGCAGGUAGCCCGGUAAAUUAGGUAUGACAGACUCAACCGGCCGACGCCAUAACAGGAUGUUCCUAAUGAAACAGUGGGCGUGGCUUCGGAGGCUUGAAAGAGACAGUGAUCGUGAAAUUGACACGUUUCGGUGUGGACAAGUCACGUGAUUAUUGAGGAAAUCUGUUUUGAACUUUGAAAACCACGAAUGGUGUGCCUCAAGUCAUUAAUACAUUCUUUUCAUUAGCUUUGACCAGCCGUAAAUGUAAGUGGGGCAUUUCUAUCAUAGGUGUGGUGUAUUGUUAAGCGUUUAGCACAUAUGGGUGGAUUCAUUUCGGAGGGAAUUUGAGGGAGGGAUUGACACUUACGGGGAUUAUUGAAGAAUUAACUCCGCUAAUUACAGUCACAUUUUUUCUACCUGAGUACAAAUACAAAGAAUUCAGACAACUAUUUUAAGGGUGAUGGAUAAUUAGAAUUGUCCUGGAAAUAGAAACACUAUUUAAUGUCACUUAAAAGAUUAGUAGCGUAUAGGUAGGUUAGUGAAUGUUUUGUGCGAUUUGGGUAAUUCAUUUUAUCGAGGUUUGUGUGAACGAAUAUAGAACGGUGGCAGUUGAAGCCGCGUGAGAGCAACAAGGCAAUAUAAUGGGUGUGACCGAUGAAGGGGGGUCUGCAGGGUCGUGUUUAGGGGGCGGUAAAGAUGGUUGGUUUGCGGGGAUGUGGGUGUGGAGGCAAGUGACGUCGGACCUGCACAAUAUCUGUUUGAAACCGGAUUUGUUGUGGUUAGUAACAGGUAGAUAAUAAAUGAACUUUCGUAUGUGGAGUAUUUUUCAUUUGGUAUACGCUUAACACAAUCCGUACGUGAUCUAAGUACAGAUAUAUACGAACAAAUGUUUGGAAGACACUCUGUGUUGAUUUCGAUGUGGCAGUCAGUGUGGGAAAUGCUGAAUACCAAACCGAAAUGGCUGGCUUCCAGAUAAGUUGUGCGUGUGAAUCUGUUUUAGAUAGCGUCGGAAUGGUUGUUGUUUAAUAUCGCACUUUGAAUAUCCAUGUACGCUAGUCAAGGAGUAGUGUGUUUCCCUGUACAAUGUUGUGACUCCAGUCACAGCGUAUCACCAUGCGUUGAAACUUACAUCAGUUAAUAUUAUAUUAUCUAACAUAUAUUACUUUAGAAAUGCUUUUGUCUCGUGGCUUGUCCUAGCGAACGAGUCCUCACAUUUAUGCCUUAUAUCCUGCGAACAUCAUCGAGUUCGUUGUCUCGUCACAUUGAAAGGGCAAAGCAAAUAGACGUUUAUUUCACAUUUGAAAGUCCAUCGGUGUUUGGGCUGGGCAUCCACAGGUUAUGUUUUAUACUUGAUGCAAAAUAAUGUUUGCCGCUGACAUUCAAUAUAACACUAUUAUGUUGCUAUUAGUAGUGGUAAUUUUGGGCGAACUUGGACAUGGUGUCAAUUAUUUGCGCUUAACGCAUUGCUGGCAAGCCAUGAGGAGUUAUCUCCCAUUCAUUGCUCAUGGGGUCGCGUUUCAGUUAUUGAUCAGUUUCGUCCGCUGUGGGCAUUAACAGGGACCCAUUCUUAGUUAUCUGGAACUAAUGUUGUCGUCUCGCCAUGUGGUAGUACCAAACAUUGUCUUUUUUAAAUUAAUUGUAAUAAAAUGGUUAUAAUUAUAAUAACAGAUCCGGUGAACUAUUUUCUUUUGAUUUUUUAUAAGCAAUCGUUAUGCAUAAGGAGAAUUCUACUUGUGCUUCACAUUCCCGCUACGUCAUGUUGAGUCUAGUCGGUAUUUAUGUUCUUUGAUCAUGGCAUGGAUCACUGAUCAUAUCCGAUUGAUCACCUUUCACGAUUAAAUAUUCAAGAGGCUUUUGGGAUAUGGUCAAAGUGGGAGUUCUGUAACCAAUGUAAACUAGAUAUAACAUAUGAUAUGUGAUUGGUUGAUGUUUCAACGUUUUAACCAAUGGAGACCGAGCUUACAAAAUUACGACGCCAUACUUAGUGUUUACAUAUUUCCAAGGCGCUCAGCUUCAAAACAAAGCACCUUCCCGGUGUGUAUUCCGUCAGUAAUAUUCGCUCAAUCACAAAACACUCCACUUGCUACUGAUAAAUCCAUGGAAUGUGCUGACAUAGACAUUGACUUGGUCCAUCAGACUGGACAAAAACUCGCAUGUGAAUAUGCUUCUAGAUCUGACACAAUCCAGAAAGGUCUCACCAGUUGUCACUGAUGUUGACAAAAUGGCUGAACGUGAGAGAAAGACAUGUGACAUUUUACCACCAACCAUGCCAAUUGAGUCAAAGAAAAAGCCUACAUUUUCUAAAAGUUCUAAUUCAUUCGUCAUUGACUGGGGGGAACCAAAACAAACAAGCCUUCAAGAUGCCUUCUUAAAAUUUCAAAAAGAUCGACAGCAAGACAUCCGCCAGACCAGAAAAAUGAAGAAGAAGAAACGCCGCGUGAGAAGGAACCCUGUUCGCCUGAACGCUCUCAGAAGAAAGUUCAUUGACACGAGCAGGAAGUACUUUGGUGUCCCUUAUGCCAGGAAAUAUUGGCCCAAGGAAGCCCCAGAGUAUCAGUCACCCAUGUUCCUGGACUGCUGUGGCCUGGUCCGGCAGGUGCUCCGGGACAUGCGGAAAGACUUGGGCUUCAAGAUCGGACCAUGGAACCAGGCCUACAUGUACGACACUCUGCCCAUCAACCUGAAGGAGGAACAGAUGAAACCAGGGGACCUUGUCUUCAUGUCCGGAAUCUACACCAACCCAAAAUCCAAGAAGCAGCGCCACAACAUGACCCAUGUGGAGAUCUGGCUCGGGGAGGGUGAGAAGACCAUCGGCGCCCGCUGGAAUAAUGGCAAGGUGAAGGUGUUCGACAGCUACAGGUUCUCAGCCAAAAGUUUCCACAGUGAGAAGUACCACUUCAAGUCUAUAGACACCUGGCUCAUGGGCAUCUGCAAGAGUUAUUGCUCUCAACAUCCAUGGAGACGCACGAAAUACAAACCAAAUAAGAAGUCGGUCUUCAAUCCAGUUUCAAGCACUUCCAGCCCAGAUCAAGAUGAUGAAGCUGCAAGUGGAGAUGAGGAUGAUGACAGACCAAGUACAUGUGUCCUUGACCUUGCUGAAGGUUGUUCACCCUCAGAGUGUUCUGCCAAUGGACAGAACCUGGAGGGAGAAAUCAAUGAGCUGGAUUCAGAACACGUCAUUCUGGCAUCUGCAGCAGAAGCAUCUGACAGGGGAUUUGAAAGUGAUUCCGAACUUCCAGAUGAUGUAUCCGAUUUUGAUACAGAGUCGGCCAUAGCAGAUUAUCUUUCCUGUAGCAGUGAUGGGGAAUCAACAGAAAAAACACAAGAUGACCCCUGGGCUUUUUAUGACCAACUGGGUCGUUUGCAUAGUCCCAGCCCUUCCCUUGCAGAGUAUUCCAUGGCUGAUUCUUGUGCUGAACCAAAUACAGACAUCACCUGUAUCCAUAGCUCAAGGAGUUCUGGCUUCCUACUUGAGCCUCAGAAGCCAAAUCCUUCUCCUAGAAGCAGCUCUCUCCCUGAAUUUGAUGUCAAUGAUGAAGAAACUUUCACCAGUGGAAUUACUCCAGUUUGUGACAUCAAAACUGCCUGGGACACCAAUCAUUUAGAUAUUUUACAGUCAGGUCAAGGUCAAGGUCCAGGAAAGGUCAACGGUCAUGGAGGUCAUAUACAAAACAAUGGACAAGAAUCGCUGUUGCUGCUCCCUGAUGACACCCAAUUAGAAUCUGACAUAGUGGACCCUCGUUUACCAAAUUGGGAUCUUGCAAGUGUAUCUGACAGUGCUUCAGCAUUAGAUUAUUAUUUGGACCCUUGUUAUUGUGUUGCUGAAUGUGGCUCCAAGACUUGUGACUACACUGCUGAACAGCUGGAUUCUGAAAUAACAUCAAGUUUAUAUGUCCCCAAAGUCAAUAUUCUUGAAAAUGCUGAUAAAAGUAAUGGAUUUAAAACCCUUGAAGGUCUUUCUUAUUCAAGUUUUGAGUUCGGCUUCCAUCUUCCUGAAGGCAGAUCUGAGAUGUCAGGACCUCCAGGCAUCAAAGAUGCUUCAGACAUCCAUGGACACCAUCCAGAGGACCUUGUUGCUUCCUCUUCAGAAGCCCCUCCUGAAUGCAACAAUCUAGAUGUAUCUGACGUCUGGCAGACUCCACCCAGUGAUGCAGACGGACAUCAGUCGUCUGACAACUCGGGACAGAAUGGUGCCUCGGCCAAUCAGUCAGGUAAUUCUGAUCCCGGCAGGGGGGAAGGGCGUGGUAGCAACAGUGAUGGGGCCGGUCCCCCACAUAGAGGCGGAGGAAAGAAAACCCCUGGCGGCAAACCCACGAAGCUCCCAGCGUGCAGUCUCGCCAACAACAUGACUCCCAGCUUUUACAUCGGCGGUGGAAAUGGAGUUGCCUUAGUGGAGGCUCCUUUGCUGGCCCUGGGUUGGAAGAGGAUAGCUGACAAGUAUGAUGAGCGCUUCCGACUCAAGUGGGUGGAAUGCAAGAGUAGAAUCAACUACUCUGCUUUCAGAGAAGGGGAUCAGCUGGUGAACCACAUCGCCAACUGCCAGAUGCUCACCAACAAGAUGGGGUUGCUCAACAGUCUGCAGGAGUAUGAGAGGGUUACACUGUCAACCAAGGGGAGACUACCCCGCUUGAAAAUGUCUGAGUUUGUGCCAGAGACAUAUCGGCUGGAUAACCGUGAUGACCGAGAGACGUUUCUACAGGUGUAUAAAGAGAAUGAGAUCUGGAUUUCCAAGCCGACAGGGAUGAACCAGGGCAAGGGGAUAUUCCUGCUGCGGACUCAGGCAGAGAUUGACAAACUUCUGUCUGAGCGAGAUGCCAAACAGCAGCAGAGUAAGCCUUCACGGCCCCUCAUGUCACGGAUAGUACAGAGGUACAUCCACAAUCCCCUGCUCCUGGAUGAGCGGAAGUUUGACAUCAGGGCCUACAUGCUGAUUGCCAGCACAGUGCCAUACCUGGUUCUGUACCACAAGGGCUACGUGCGACUCUCCUGCCACAAGUACGAUGGAGAGGACACCAACCUCACCACCCAUCUCACUAACCAGUUCAUCCAGAAGAAGGUUCCCAACUAUGGCGACGUGAAGGAGGACACAGCAUGGAGCAUGGACAAGUUUAACGACUACAUCAACGAGAAUGUUGCCCCGGAGAAAGGAGUGGAACAAGAUUGGGUGUAUAACACACUAACAAAACAGAUGCAGAGGAUAAUGCUCCACUGUUUCAACUCAGUUAAACACAAGCUGCAGUGUAAAGUCGGCUACUUCGACCUGUACGGCCUGGACUUCAUGGUGGACCAGGAGAUGAAGAUCUGGCUGAUCGAGAUCAACAUCAACCCAUGCCUGGCCAUUAACUGUGCAGCUCUCAAGGAGGUGAUCCCUGGGAUGGUGGAGGAGACUAUCCAUUUAUGCCUGGAGAGCUUUGAGAAGAGUCGCAGGAACCAGCCGUUGACGCCACUCAGUUCCCUGAAGGAAUUCACAGUGUUGCAUUGUGGCUCCAACCCCUACGCUGUUGCUCAUCGGCAGACAAGAAGUGUCUCCCCCGCCAAGGAAAACAGCCAGGAUAAAUCAAGGUCUACGCAGUCAUCCAACAAUCCCCGGCAGAGUCGAUCACCAAGCCGAUCAGUUCCUCGUGUCGCCAUUACACAAACUCCUGUCGUCACACAGUCUCAGUACCAGAUACGGAAGUCUGAAUUUUCCUCUAUUUUGAAUCCACAAGCUGCAGGUGGAGGGAGUAAAACUACCACCAGUGCUAAAGUGAGUACUGCUAGUGGAAACUCUGGCAGCUCAAAUUCUACAACGACUUUGCCAAAGUCUGCAAAUGGUGCAGGAAAUACCAACUCAGGGAAUUCUGGGACAGUCAAAACGACAAAGCCAGCUAGCAACACCAUAACAACAACCAGUUCUUCGACAGAUAAAACAACAAAAACAGCAAACAACACAACAGCAAGCAAUGGGGUGAAAGGGAAUACUGGGAUAGAUAAAUCAAAUAAUACACCAGAAUCGACCAAGUCCGCAACCGCUGGUAACGGUAAUGGGGGUUCAGGGAAUUCUGGAACGGCAAACAGCACCAGUGUAAAAACUCCCAGGACUAUUAAAAGCGCAGAUGUUAAGACUAGUCCCAAGUCUGAGGUUGAUGUAAGUAGGAAGAACAACAGCAACAGCAGCAGCAGCAGCAGCACAGCCUCAUCAUCAACCAAGGCUGGCAUCCCCAAUGGAGGAAGUACUUCCGGGACAGACAAGACGGUAAAGACUAACAACAGUACUCGGACUACUGACGUUAAAACAAGCCCCAAAUCAGAUAGUACUGCAGCCAAGCCUCGGCAAGGCAGUAGUGAGAAGCCAGCCAAUAAAAACAGCAACACAAGUUCUCAGAAACCUAAAGCCAGUUCUCCAAGCAAGACAGAAGCUGACAAAGGCAGUAAGGCCGACAAAUCUUCUAAAACUACCGUUACAGCUUCUUCGCCCAAGUCGGAUUCUUCGGGGAAAGAUGUAAAGACUGUGACGAAGACGACGAAGACUGAAUCAAAAAAGGACAGUAAAGUUUCUGAUGGACUUUCAGUGAAACAAAUGGUUCCAUCUAGUCAGACUCCGACUUCGAAAGGGUCAGGAGAUGAAGAUGUGAAACUGAAGAUGACACAUGCCAAAGCCUCUGCGAAUCGGAAGAACAGACCUCGAGCUGACACUGGAAAUUGAUGACAUGUCUGUUUAGUUUCUGUCACAUGUUAAUUUUCAUGACACUGUGUGUCGGGAUAGAUGCAGUGCUCCAGAUAAGCUGCGUAUCUGCGUAAAAUACGCAUCAGAUAUGCAGAAAUAUGCAGUAAAAUAAAAUCCAAGCGUAUCAAAUACACAACGAACAAUACUGAUACACUACAAAAAUAAAA